CUCGCCCGAGCAAGUGACCGACCGAGCGAGCGCGAAGCUCGUGCGUCUUCCUCGCCCUCCCCCUUCUCCGCUACUAGUCUGCCAGCAUGAGCGAGUGGUGGGCCACCAUCGGCCAGCCCUUCGCGGAGGCGCUGCUGAGUCUGGACACCAUCAAGAUCAAGGCGGCCUUCGCCAACGCGCCCAGCUCGUACUACGAGUACAUCCGCUCCAUCUACGAGCGCAGCCCCGAGCACGUGAUCAUCGAGACGUUCCUCAUCGUCUUCGUUAUCUACAUCACGUUUGUCAAGCGCGACAAGCCCAAGGGCACGGCCGCCAAGCUCUCGGAGCGCGAGAUCGACGAGCUCUGCGACGAGUGGACGCCCGAGCCCAUCAUCCCGCCCAACGCCGUGGUGGACGUCAACAAGUCCAAGCCCAUCGGCAUCGUGGAGGCCACGCCCGACACGCACCUCAAGCUGCAAGGCUACGCCAAGCCGCUGCUCAACCUGGCGACCUUCGACUUCCUCGGCCUCGGCUCGCGCCCCGAGCUUAAGGAGGUCGCGAUCAAGACGCUGACCAAGUACGGCUGCGGCUCCUGCGGCCCUCGCGGCUUCUACGGCACCAUCGACACGCACGAGAUCCUCGAGAAGGACAUCGCGCAGAUGAUGGGCACGACCGACUCGAUUACCUUCUCGGACACAGAGGCCACGUCGUCCUCCGUGCUGCCGGCGUUCGCCAAGCGCGGCGACCUUAUCGUCAUGGACGAGGGCUGCAACGACUCGAUCCUGGUGGGCGCCAACCUGGCGCGCUGCACCGUGCUCUACUACAAGCACAACGACAUGGAGGACCUGGAGCGCGUGCUGAAGCGUGUGCGUGACGAGGACAAGCGCAAGAACCGCGGAUCGGACUGCCAGCGCCGUUACGUGGUGACGGAGGCUCUGUUCCGCAACCACGGCGACAUGAUUGAGCUGCCCAAGGUGGUGGAGCUCUGCAACAAGUACUUCUUCCGCCUCUUCCUGGACGAGAGCUUCUCGUUCGGUGUGCUGGGCAAGUCUGGCCGCGGCCUUACGGAGCACUUUGGUAUGGACGUCUCGGAGGUGGCCAUCAUCUGCAGCUCUCUGGCUGGAUCUACUGCCAGUGUGGGCGGCUUCAGCACGGGCUCGCAGGAGGUCGUGGACUACCAGCGUAUCAACAGCGCCGGCUACGUGUUCUCCGCCUCGGCCCCGCCCUUCACGUCGGCUUGCUGCUCGGAGGCCAUCCGUAUUAUGAGGAACGAGCCGGAGCUCUUCACCAAGCUCCGCGACAACACCAAGCUGGCGCACGACGUUCUGUCCGCGGGUGUCCAGGGCGUGUACAGCAUCUCCAAGGCCGUUGUGUCCCCCAUCCUGCACGUGCGUCUGCUGCCUGAGGUCGUGGCCCGCGUCGGCAGCGAGGAGAACCAGCGCGCUUUGCAGCGCAAGGUGUGCGACACGGUCAUGCAGAAGUGCCUCGCCAAGGGCGUGGCCAUCUGCUCGCCGCGCUACAAGACGCACCAGACCAUGGAGCCGCUGCCCAGCCUGCGUGUGUCGGUCACCGCGAUCCACUCGCCGAAGGAGCUCGAGGCUGCCUGCAAGAUCGUCGCGGCGGAGGCCAUGGCUACGGCCAAGGAGGUGCUCGCCACCUUCCCGGUGGAUGCCGCAUCUGCUAGCAGCCUGCGUCAGCGCAAGCAGUAAGUAAGUUGCACAACAGGAACUACCGUAAAGGGAUAGCUUCUCUUCUUGCUAAUGACAAGCCUGACGCUUACUCCUUAGCUCUCUAGUUGUGUUCAUCUGCUGGAGGUAGGUACUGACUGUAGCUUGGCUGUGGUCUACUGUAACUUACUUGUCCUCAGCGAGCAGCUCCUGCUCGCGCUUCUGGCGGUAGAUCUCGAACUGCUUGUCGUUGGUGUACUGGUGCAGGCAGGCGUUGAGGGCCUUGUUGUGGUCGCGGCACUUGAAGACCAC